UCUUGGAAGAGUUGUAGAAGCGAGGUGUAUUUGGUUACACGUGAAGCGUAUCCGGUUACAAUUUGGAGUUAUGGUUCGAAAUCAUGCGGUUACAGAGCAUAUCCGGAUAUGAAGAACUCAACGGUGAGUGUAACUUUGUUGCUUUGGUGUAACUUUGUUGUUGUUACUAUUAAAAUUGUACAGGAGUGGAAUCAGCUGAUCCCGAUCUGAAGAACUCAAUGGUGGGUGUGAAGGGCGUGUACGAUCCAGAGAAGCUGGUUGAGUACGUGUACAAGAGAACUGGAAAGCAGGCAGUGAUCGUGAAGCUGGAGGCAGAAAAGAAAGAAGAGAAGAAAGAGGAGAAGGUGGAAGAGGUUGAGAAAAAGGAGGAGGUUGAGAAAGAGAAGAAGAGUGGUGAAGGAGAAGAAAACAAGGAAAAGAAAGAGGAAGAAGCAAAGGAUGAGACCAAGGCAGAGGAAGCAGACAAAGUUGUUCCAGAGGUGAAGAUUAAUGAAUACUUCUAUAACCCACCAAGCUCUGGCAUUGAGGUGUAUGCAUAUCCUGCACACCUUGUAUACCCUUCGUAUUUCCAUGCCUACCCUCCCCAAAUAUUCAGCGAUGAGAACCCAAAUGCAUGCACUGUCAUGUAAAAUCGGAAGGGGUCAAGGGUGAAAUCGGAAAUUUGUGAAGUAUGGGUGGGUGAUAAUAUAGAUUAUACCCUUUCCUAUGUUACUUAUGCGCUGUUGUACUAUUCCUGCUGAAAGUACACUGUAUGCAUAAACUAUAGAAUUUUCAAUUUUGUAA